AUGGCAUUACCGCCGUAUGCUACGAAUAAUAAAUACGUAAUAAAUGACGCACGAAGUGAUAUCAAAUGGCGACAUGGUAGACCGGAUUAUUCAAAAACUGCUGCUCUUUACGUACAGGAAAAGUCAAGUAAACAUACGCCGGAUUCAAUGGAAGAAAUUGUCGAAAAUAUUGUAAAGAAUUGGGAAGUAGAAGUGAGUCAUAAAUUGGAUCCUCGACAAUGGGAAACAAUCGACGUGGACAACUAUUGUUUCUCAUGCAACGGCCUAUCCAAAUUUACUGCCGAUGACUUAGUCAGGUUAGGCACUUACACUGUAUUGAUCGGCAAAACAGCAUACUGCAAUGCAAAUAUGAUGACACUUUCUGAAUCUCAAAUGGGAUUUCUACGAGCCUUUGGAGAAGGUUUCGCCUGGGAAGUAAUUGAACUCUAUUCAGGCCCACCAAAUGUUACCUUUAAAUGGCGUCAUUUCGGCCGGAUGACUGGCUCUUUUUCAUGCCCGUCUUUUUCAGGUUCUAUCUACAAGGCGACGCCGACAAAUAAGAUGGUGAAUAUAUACGGAAUUUGCAAAGCUACCGUAUCAUCAGAUUUGAAGAUUCAAGAUCUGCAAGUUUUCUUUGAUAUCAAUCAAUUGUUUGCUCAACUUACGGAAUUAUGUCCAUUAGCUCCGUUUGCUAAUAUACCAAUAUCGCUUAAUCCAUCAGCCGCAAACCAAAUGAGUGAAUCGACCGUCAACGAUACAAGCUCAUCUGUCGAUCAAUCGAAAUUAGCCGUGAAAGAUCAGCAAUCAAAAUUAAAUCAACAGUCAGCAACAUGUGCCAUCAUUUAA